UUAAGGCCGCGCUCGCCAGCCUCGGUGGGGCGGCUCCCGGCGCUGCAACCAAUGGAUCUCCUCCUCUGUUUAAAUAGACUUGCCGUGUCAAUCAUUUUCUUCUUCGUCAGCCUCCUUUCCACCGCCAUAUUGGGCCACUAAAAAAAGGGGGCUCGUCUUUUCGGGGUGUUUUUCUCCCCCUCCCCUCUCCCCACUUUCUCACGGCUCUGCGACUCCGACGCCGGAAAGGUUUGGAGAGCGGCUGGGUUCGCGGGACCCGCGGGCUUCCACCCGCCUGGACUUGGACUGGCUUUGCCACCCCCACCUCUUACCUCCUCCCCUCCCCUCCCCGCCCUCCCGCUCGCCCGUACACUUGAUCCGCGGAGUCUUUCGGCUGCCUGGCCGGGGCUUCCCCGCAGCCCUCCCCCGGACCCUGCGCGCUCCUGAAGCUCGGGCGGUUACUCGUCCGUGUUUGUUGCUCUUGGCUCUGAGGGCAGCCCCAGCGCUUAUAAGAGGGAUUCAGGCUGCGUCGGGGCUUUUUGUUUUGUUCGGUUUUGUUUUUUGAGAGCACGACAGAGGCGGUCGUCUGGACCCGGGAGGAAGAUGUCAAACGUGCGAGUGUCUAACGGGAGCCCGAGCCUGGAGCGGAUGGACGCCAGACAGGCGGAGCACCCCAAGCCCUCGGCCUGCAGAAACCUUUUCGGCCCCGUGAAUCAUGAAGAGUUGACCCGGGACUUGGAGAAACACUGCAGAGACAUGGAAGAGGCAAGCCAGCGCAAGUGGAAUUUUGAUUUUCAGAAUCACAAGCCCCUGGAGGGCAAAUAUGAGUGGCAAGAGGUGGAGAAGAGCAACUUGCCCGAGUUUUACUACAGACCCCCGCGGCCCCCCAAAGGCGCCUGUAAGGUGCCGACACAGGAAAGCCAGGAUGUCUGCGGGAGCCGCCAGGCGGUGCCUUUAAUUGGGUCUCAGUCAAACUCCGAGGACACGCUCUUGGUAGACCAAAAGACUGACCCAUCAGACAGCCAGACGGGGUUAGCGGAGCAGUGCGCCGGAAUAAGGAAGCGACCUGCCACAGACGAUUCUUCUCCUCAAAACAAAAGAGCCAACAGAACAGAAGAAAAUGUUUCAGACAGUUCCCCGAAUUCCGGGUCUGUGGAGCAGACGCCCAAGAAACCGGGUCUCAGAAGACGUCAGACGUAAACAGCUCGAAUUGAGAAUGUUUCCUUGUUUAUCAGAUACAUCACUGCUUGAUGAAGCAAGGAAGAUAUACAUGAAAAAUUUUAAAUACAUAUCGCUGACUCCAUGGAAUGGACAUCCUGUAUAAGCACUGAAAAACAACAAUAACACUAAAAUUUUAGGCACUCAUAAAUGAUCUGCCUCUAAAAGCAUUGGAUGUAGCAUUGUGCAAUUAGGUUUUUCCUUAUUUGCUUCAUUGUACUACCUGUGUAUAUAGUUUUUACCUUUUAUGUAGCACAUAAACUUUGGGGAAGGGAGGGUAGAGUGGGGCUGAGGAAUUGACAGGGGAAGAACUGGCUUCAGUUUAUAGCAAGGAGAUAUUUGACUUGCAUGAAGAGAAGCAAUUUGGGGGAAGGGCUUAAAUUGUUUUCUUUAAAGAUGUAAUGUCCCUUUCAGUGAGAACUGAUAAUUCAUUUUUAAAAUCAAAAUUUGAACACUGGCUACAAAUGGUUGCUAUUUAUUUUUACAUGAAGCUUAUUCUCACUUGGGAGAUUUGAUGAUUCCGUUAUAUAGCAGCACAUGGCUUAACACAAAACAAAAAUCUAUCCUUAGUGCUCCUCCAGUCUCCUUUAAAGUUAAAAAUUUAUCAGUUAAUUAUACAGCUGUUAGGUGAAUCAUUCCAGGUAAUUUGGAGCAAAAAUGUGGGGUGUAUGAGGGGAGUUCUGAACGCUCAGAAUUAACCACCUACAUUUAUCAAAAACUUAUUGGGAAAAUUUCUUUUCACUUUGGGCUGUGUAGACACAGUCGAAGUAAUUCUAAACCUCUGGCUAUUUUUAAAACUAACUUCACAUGAAAAAAAAAUGAAAUAAUUUUUAAUUUAAAGCUUCUUGCUCUGUUAAUUUGCCCAAAGGAAGUAGUCUUUUUAAAGGAAGGUGCAUAUAGAGAAAAGCACACUGGUGGAAUAAGUGAAGUGGAUACUACAUCUUUAAACAGUGUUUCUUCAUUGCCUGUGUAUGUAUAUGAAACAAAACCAUUUGAAGUGUACCUGUGUACAUAACUCUGUAAAGACACUGAAAAAUUAUACUAACUUAUUUAUGUUAAAAAGAGAUUUUUUUUUAAUCUAGACAAUAUACAAGCCAAAGUGGCAUGUUUUGUGCAUUUGUAAAUGCUGUAUUGGGUAGAAUAGGUUUUUCAAACUCUCUUCUGUUAAAUAAUAUGGCUAUGCUUAAAGGUUGCAUACUGAGCCAAGUAUAAUUUUUUGUAAUGUGUGAAAAAGAUGCCAAUUAUUGUUACACAUUAAGCAAUCAAUAAAGAACUUCCAUAGCUAU